AUGGAGAGUACUGCCGAAGAUGCCCCAUACUUUAUCAAUAUUGGAGAUUUACCCACAUUACCAGCACCAAAACCAAUUGCCAAAAUAAGUCGAUUUUACAGGUUCGCCCCCUACGGAAAUCCUCAUGAUAAUUUACAUGCUCAUCUCUUUUGGCUUCUGGAAAAUGUUCUAUAUUCUGUACCCAUGCUAGUUAUGGGCAAGAUGUAUGAAUCACAGUGUCCUGUUCAGAAUAGUAUUCCUUCAAUUAUGAUCGUUCAUGGUGCGUUGACCUGUUCUACAAUCGUUUUAAUUCCCCUUCUGAGCUGGAUCUUAUCUAACAAAUGGUCUGUGAAACUUGCUACAGCCGCAUUCUACAUAAAGAACUUAGUUGUUAUGAUGGAGCAAUUGGUUACGUUCAGUUCGAUAACCCAAAUAAUCAACGUCGAAACUAUUGUCAUGGCACGUUGUAUCGUUAUGAAUUUGCAAUGUUGA